UUUUUUUAAAUGUUGAACCCUUGUUCUCGCAUACACUUUUUGUGCGCCUCAAUCAGCUCUGUGCAGUUUUCUUCACCCUUUUCAACGAUGCUGGAAUGGAAAAUGCGAUAUUCUGUUACUAUUUUUUUCGGAAUAAAUGUCAUUCUGUUGCUUGACAAUUCGAUUCUUACCAGGCAUCGCGUACUUUUUUCGUUUCUGGACAGGCACAGCAUGCCUUACAUUUUGGUUUCUCCCCGGUUGCUGGUGCGGGUGAACUUGGUGCUUCAGGUGCUUUCGACUCGGAACUACCCAUGUUUCGUCUGUAAAAAGGCAAAAAUAAAAAAAUAGCAAUUGAGUUAAUUUAAUUCACUUUGCAACUGAAUUGCAUAAGAAAAAUCGUGAAAACGUAAUUAAUUCACGUUCAAGGUCUUUUUGAUUUUUGGAAAAGCAUCUCUUGGACACAAUUGGAAAAUGACUGAAGUUAAUAAUUUAAACGGAAUUAUUUACCAAGGAUGCUUCGUUUUUUUAAACUAGUGAAGAAGUUUUCGCUAUCAAAGUUUGUGUACGACUAGCUCGUUAGCAAAACAAAGUCGAUGUCUUUGGUUAUGUUGGAUGAAUCAUAUGACGUUUCCAUGUGUUCUAAUGUCAGCUUUCAAAUAAAAUCAUAUGAAACGUUCGGUACACAAAACGAACUGUAGCUCUGUUGAGCAAAAGAAACAGACAAACAAACAAAUUCUCUUUGAAUAAUUUUUUUAGAAAGACAAAUAUUUUAUACACGUCAUUCAAAAGAAUUCUAAAUUUGUUUUAUUUUAAUCGAAAUUGUAUAAACUGUUAACAAUGAUCCCAACACAGAAUGUGUCAACGUGAGUGAAUGGCGCUUGUGUCGCGGAAUUUUCGUUCGGUGGACGAAAAUUGAACCAAAAUUCGAAUCGAAUCGAAGACAAACGUAUUUUCUGCAUCUUUAUUUCCAAUCCGAAUAUUGAAAGGCAAACAUCAUCGUUCAUCAAACUAUCGGCGCAAGCCAAAUAACGAAAUAGAACAGAAAUUUGUGCUUCGUGUGUUAUUUUAUAGAUUUAUUUGUUACGUUUUUUUUUAUUAAUGUCCAGCAAUUUUAUUUGAUUGAGUUGAAAGCAAAAUCAGUAUUCUAUUUUAUGUUUCAAAACGUCAUCUGAUUGAGAGAAUUCCGUUGUGUAUUGGUUUUUGUCUGUUUGCUCAUUGUUCACGAAGAUUUAGUUUUUAUUAUCGCCAUAUUGAAUUGAGUUUAUUGCGCAUUUGAAGUUCGAAAAGGUCAUCAUGGGAAAGACACCAACUAUUGCAAAAACGCGAAAAUCGGUGAAAACACCAAAAACGGUGCCGAAAAAACUGAUUGGUACUCCGAAAAUGGAAAGUAAAGAAAUGUCGGGUACGCGUCUGUCACUGCGACGUACUAAACUCGAUACAGGAUCUGGCGCAUCACCCAAAUUGGCAUCAUUCAUCACACCCAGCCGUACAACACGCUCCAUGCUUAAGGUAACAUCGAACGAUGCACUGCACUCGUAUGUAACACCAAUAAAAUCAUCAAAGCGAAAAACGAUUGCAUCAGCAAAAGCACCAGUGGCUUGUGGCGAUAAUGUCAAAUCGGAUGGCGGUGACUCAAAUGACGCAUUCGUACGGCCACUACCGCCAAAGGCAAAACGAAUGGAUAAAGUUCAAGCUGAAGGCACAGUUGUCGAUGAAACACCAACAAUUUCCGAAUCAACCGAAGCGUCGAAUGAUGAAGUGAAAAAAGGUCGUAAACGCGCUCGCAAAGGGGCGAAAAUGAAUAGUGUCGUAUCCGAAAUGGAAGAUGGCCAGAACGAUGAAUCGAUGGAAAGGCGCACGAGACGUAAAACGAAGCGAGUCGAAGAGGUUUCGGCUGAAUCGAGCGAAGAGGAUUGGCCAUCGGUGAGCAUUUUUGGAGCAACUGAAACGCCAACCGGCCAGUUUGUUCGUUCUCGCAAGACAUUGCAAACCAAUGGAGGUGUAGUUGAAUCGGGCGAUGAGGAUUUUGCUUCGGUAAGUCAAUUGGGCUUGAAUACAUCGGGUAGAUUUGUUCGUUCUCGUAAAACGAUGCACGGUUGUAGCGACAAUGUUGCCACAAGUGAAGAUGAUUUGCCAUCAGUAAGCUUUUUGGGCGCAAGCGCAACACCAGCUGCCAAAUUUGCACAGCGUCGAAAAUCAAAACUGAGCAUCGAACCAAAAGACAAUGAAACCGUUUCAGAAGCGAUUGAACAGUCGGCCGCCAAGCCCACGCUGAACAAACGCAUAAGCCUAUCGGAAAGUUCGCGCAAAUCCAAUCAAGGGGUCAAAGUUGCUGUUGAAUCGAAUGAUCUUUCUUCGUCGGAUGUGCCAAAGCCGAGCCGAAUGUCUGGUCAAGUCGUACGUUCCCGAAAGUCGACACAAGGCAACAUCGAAAACGAAAAUGUUAUGGAUACUGAAGAUGAUUCGAAAGACCAAGUGGAAAAUGGUCACGAUGAAAAUGGUUCAGGGCAUUCAAACGACGAAAUGGCUGCUGACGAAGAUAACAAAGAGAACGGCAAUAUUCCGACAAUCGAAAUCACAGCCGCCAAGUCAGAAGCUAGUGAGUUGAGCAAAGUCGAUGAGGAUUCGACAAAUAUCAAAGUCGAAAAGGCAUUCAAGAAUAAUCGCAUCUCAAUCGUCGACCUAACUGAUUCACCCAUGGUACAGAACAAAAGCGUGUUGAAUGAAACAUUCACAGCAGAAGAUCUUAUGGAUACUGAAGAACAAGAAGAGGAGGAGAAGAAAGAGGAUGCGGAAGCAAAAGAUCGAACAUUCACUGAUGACAACAAUACAACGGCAAUUAACGAGAAAACAUUCAGCCCAAUACCAUUAUCCGUUAAAAAGUUCGCCAAUAAGGCAGCGGUAACACCAGCUCCAGUAAAAGGUCGUGCUUCGUUGAAUGUCACAACCAAGUCGACUGCUAAAAAGAAAUCACCGCAAUUGAAACGUUUGCAAAGUACUCCGUACUUGAAGCCAAAGACGCGCAACAACUUGUUUGAACCAGCCAAGCUAUCGUCGGCCAAAAAGGCGAAAGUUGUCGAGGCAGCCAUCGAAUUGGUCGAACCAUUGAAAAGAAAAAGCAUGGAUAGGGUGAAGGUGCCAAAAGUUGCAAUUCAAUCACCUAAGGUAUUUAAAUUCGGCGACGAAAACAAUCAUGGCGAAGGGUUCCGAUUCAGUUUGUGUGCCAAACACUUGAAGAAUAACCAGGAAACUGGUAAAUCGGCUGUCAAACGAGCCCCAAAUUUCACUAAUAUGCACAAUCGCAUGUUCGACAAGAUCGAAUCAAUCACCGAGACUCGAGACCGACAUGAUCAACGCGCCAAGUUGCUUUUGUCUGGCAAGAAGCCAACUCAAGCGCAAGCGCUGGCACAAGCAAAAGUGGUGAAGCCGAUUGUAAAAAAUCCACCACCAAAGUUUGUAUUGGAUGUCAACAGAGGUAGUGCUGAGAAGCGCCGUCCAUUGGCUGCAGAUAAUCAUGUGAACCGAGCAAGAUUGAACGAUGAAGAACGUCAAGAGCGUCGGAAGCAACUGUUCAAACAGGGUUCAAAGCGGGCAUCGAUUAAAAAGAAUCCAGUUCCAGCCAUCAAGGGAGUGCGGAUGAAUCGACGAUUUGAAUUGAUGAUGAAAAAUCGAAAUGCAUCAAAAAAGAACUGAGUCGAUAUUCUUCAAAUGCAAGCAUGCAGUUUGGUUGAUGCUUUGUUCAUGUAAGAUUUCUAGAGGAAUCAUGCGAUUGAACUAAGUUACUAUUAUUUAAUGAUAAGUGUUCAGGGGCCAGACAAAUGAUCGCUGAAGUGUUUUAUGACUAAAGUCAGGCACAAAUAUUGAGUAAUUUUGGAAAUAAGUUAGUAUGAAAUAAUAAAAAAGGCCCAGAUACAAAAAAAAACAUUGGAAAGGAAAAAAAAUGAAAAUAAUCUGAAACUUAAGAAAUUCAAAUGAAUAAUGAUAAUGAUUUAAAUAAAUAAAGAAAUAAAGUAUGGAUGCAAUUCAAAUUCUUUAAAAA